AUGCGGAAUUACAAAAAUGAGGAUAUCCACUUGUCCCCAUCAGAAGAAGAAGAUUUAAAGAUCGCAAUGAAGAAGUACGCAGGGAAUAGGUUCAUUCAGGAAUAUGAAAGAUUGAUGGAUGAUAACUCGAAGGACUCCAAAAAGGUUUUGGCCAAGUCGAUGAUCAAUUUGAUCAAGCAGCAAUUCGUUAAGCUAAAAGAGAUUGAGGCGCAGUAUGUUACGCCAAACUUUGAUCAGUACAAACAGGUCACGGAGUUGAAGCCCCAGGUGAUGGUAACUGAGACGUACACGCCAUGCAAGACCGAAGCGGAGUGCAAAAAAUUGGAGAACAUGAUGAACAUCUGCACGUACAUUCGUGGAGGAGCAGACUUUGCCUACGAUAUUUUCCUGGUGACAACACACGUCGUAACUAGCAUGAUGGCCGUCCUGUGCGCCUGCAUUUUUAUUGGGCCCGUGCAUGUUUGCGCUUUGAAGAAUUUCCCCUACACGUGCAAGCUGCCGUACCCCGUCUUUUCAACCCUGUUUAUGGCCACUUCAGCUGUGUGGGAAGUGGUAAAAGCUGCAACGGCGUUGUGCAGGGUGUAUGGUGAUCUGUCAGUGAUGUCCAAAAUGUCCUGAAGGAGGUGGUUGCUACUUUGUCCCCUCUGUUCCCCUUCCCGUGGUCUAGAUUCUUAAACGAAUUCGAUUUAAAAAAUUGUUUCUCCCUUUACUACCUCAUCUUGCUAAUGCGAAGGUCAUUUCGGCAACCUUCAGAAUGACAUGGCCUCCCACGUAGGCGCACCCCCGCAGUUUGGCGACCCCGAGGAUGGGCUUGAAAGAAAUUUGCUCCACUUCCAUUACGAGCGUGUCGCCUGAAAAGUUCAGAAGAAAAAGUGGCGCGAUGUACGUGUAAAUAUCGCAGCUGCGGUUUUGCUGCACGGGGACACAACCCAGAAAGUUCCAUCAUGACAACGUUUUACGAAUAAAGGAAUGUUGCUGAUUGGGGCGCCCUCCAAGUUGCAACAAAACGGAUGUGCACUUAUCACUGUUUAUAUUAUUUAUUUUUUUUUUUUAAAACGCGGUUAUUCCCAUAUUGCGAUGUAGACAGGAGUUGCACACACACUUGUAUACAUGUCCUCGCAAAAUGAUUUAACCUGGAAGGACUGGCUUCUUCCAGCGAACGCCAUCAACCCCAGCGAAUAAAAAUAAAUUGUCCUUCCCAC